AUGCGAUUCUUGGUAUUAUUCUCUACGAUUGUACCAAUCAGUCUGCGUGUCAAUCUUGACCUUGGCAAGAGCGUCUAUUCCUGGUUCAUACAAAGAGACCCUGGCAUCCCUGGAGCUGUUGUGCGAACAAGCACCAUCCCGGAGGAUCUUGGUCGUAUCGAAUAUCUGCUCAGCGACAAAACUGGAACGUUGACUCAGAAUGAGAUGGAGAUGAAGAAAAUCCACGUCGGCACAGUAUCGUAUGCCAAUGAAGCCAUGGAUGAAGUGACGGCCUACGUGAAGCAGGGCUUUCACACUCCUCCUUCUACUGACCUAGCAGUCAAUUCUAUUCUCUUCACUCCAUCUUCUACUUACACGGCGACAGCCAUUGGUGGUGCGACUCGUACUCGCCGAGAGAUUGGCUCGAGAGUGCGCGACGUUGUGCUCGCUCUCGCUCUAUGCCAUAAUGUCACGCCGACUGUCGAAGAAGAAGACGGGAAGAUGGUUACUUCAUACCAAGCCUCGUCUCCUGACGAAAUUGCCAUUGUGCGAUGGACAGAGGCGGUUGGGCUGCGACUUGCCUACCGAGAUCGAAAGGGCAUGACAUUGGAAUCACCCGAGUCCGGUCGUCCCGUGGUGCAAGUUCGCAUUCUCGACAUCUUUCCCUUCACAUCUGAAGGCAAGAGAAUGGGCAUUAUUGUUCAAUUCUAUGAGCGUUCGGGCGCUGGUGUCCCCAGCAUUGGUGACGGUGAAAUCUGGUUUUACCAGAAAGGAGCUGACACCGUGAUGAGCUCGAUUGUCGCAGCGAACGACUGGCUGGAUGAGGAAACAGCUAAUAUGGCUCGUGAAGGCCUGCGCACCUUAGUAGUCGGCAGAAAACGGUUGUCGCCUGAGCAAUAUCAGGAAUUUACUGCGAGAUAUCAAGAGGCAUCCCUCGCCAUAGCCGGUCGUGAUGCUGGCAUGCAGAAGGUUGUGUCGCAAUACCUUGAACGCGAUCUUGAGCUGCUGGGCGUGACAGGCGUGGAGGACAAGCUUCAAAAAGACGUCAAACCUUCCCUUGAGCUGCUACGAAAUGCUGGCAUCAAAAUCUGGAUGUUAACUGGUGACAAGGUUGAGACAGCACGUUGUGUUGCAGUCAGCUCAAAACUAGUUGCAAGAGGACAAUACAUCUACACUGUUGCGAAACUGAAGAGAAAAGACAAUGCGCAAGAUCACCUCGAUUUCUUGAGAAGCAAGACCGAUUCUUGUCUAUUAAUCGAUGGCGAGAGUCUCAGCUUGUUCCUCACGCAUUUCCGCACUGAAUUUGUCUCCGUGGCUGUUCUCUUGCCGACUGUUGUGGCUUGUCGAUGCUCGCCAACUCAGAAAGCGGAAGUUGCCAAGCUGAUCAAGGAGUACACCAAGAAGCGCGUAUGCUGUAUUGGCGACGGCGGAAAUGAUGUCUCGAUGAUCCAAGCGGCCGACGUUGGCGUCGGCAUUGUUGGCAAGGAAGGUCGGCAAGCAAGUCUUGCGGCUGACUUCUCUAUUGAGCAAUUCUACCAUCUGACAAAACUCUUGGUGUGGCACGGCCGAAACAGCUACAAGAGAAGCGCCAAGCUUGCUCAAUUCGUCAUUCAUCGUGGUCUCAUCAUUGCUGUAUGCCAAACAAUGUACAGCAUUGCCAUCAAGUUCGAGCCUGAAGGCCUUUACAAGGACUGGCUUCUUGUUGGCUACGCAACUAUUUACACCGCCGCGCCUGUUCUAUCCUUGGUGCUUGAUAAGGAUGUAGACGAGAACCUAGCAAACCUCUAUCCAGAGCUCUAUAAAGAACUCACAGAAGGUCGAUCACUAUCGUACCGAACGUUCUUCGUCUGGGUCUUUGUCUCUAUCUACCAAGGCGGCAUGAUCCAGGGCUUAUCCCAGAUCUUGACCGAGGUCGAUGGAAAGAGGAUGAUCACUGUCAGUUACACAGUUCUGGUUCUCAAUGAGCUACUCAUGGUUGCCAUUGAGAUCACAACGUGGCAUUGGGUAAUGGUGUUGUCCAUUGUUGGAACCUUCCUGAUGUUCGUUGCAUCGAUCCCAUUCUUGGGUGGAUAUUUCGAUCUCGCAUUCAUUCUUACAUGGUAA